UGUUCGUGGAUGAUGAUGAUGAUGAUGAUGAAAAAAAUGCAGCAUCAACGGCAGCAGCAAGCGGACCACGCGAACGAGGCAAACUAUGCAAGAGGCACCAGGCUUUCUCUUUCUGGGGAAGGACCAACUUCUCAGCCGAACAGCUCCAAGCAGACCGUCCUAUCUUGGCAAGCUGCGAUCGAUGCUGCUAGACAGGCCAAGGCUGCCCAAACUAUGAGCACCUCCGCACCCCCACCUGUAGGAUCUCUCUCCCAAAGAAAACGUCAGCAAUAUUCCAAGAGCAAAAAACAGGGUAACUCGUCCAACAGCCGACCUGCCCGUGCCCUUUUCUGUUUAUCACUCAACAACCCCAUCCGAAGAGCCUGCAUUAGUAUAGUGGAGUGGAAACCAUUUGACAUAUUUAUAUUAUUGGCUAUUUUUGCCAAUUGUGUGGCCUUAGCUAUUUACAUCCCAUUCCCUGAAGAUGAUUCUAAUUCAACAAAUCAUAACUUGGAAAAAGUAGAAUAUGCCUUCCUGAUUAUUUUUACAGUCGAGACAUUUUUGAAGAUUAUAGCAUAUGGAUUAUUGCUACAUCCUAAUGCUUAUGUUAGGAAUGGAUGGAAUUUACUGGAUUUUGUUAUAGUAAUAGUAGGAUUGUUUAGUGUAAUUUUGGAACAAUUAACCAAAGAAACAGAAGGCGGUAACCACUCUGGUGGCAAAUCAGGAGGCUUUGAUGUCAAAGCCCUCCGCGCCUUUCGAGUGUUACGACCACUUCGACUAGUAUCGGGAGUGCCCAGUUUACAAGUUGUCCUGAACUCCAUUAUAAAAGCCAUGGUUCCCCUCCUUCACAUAGCCCUUUUGGUAUUAUUUGUAAUCAUAAUCUAUGCUAUUAUAGGAUUGGAACUUUUUAUUGGAAAAAUGCACAAAACGUGUUUUUUUGCUGACUCAGAUAUCAUAGCUGAAGAGGACCCGGCGCCGUGUGCGUUCUCAGGGAAUGGACGCCAGUGUACUGCCAACGGCACAGAGUGUAGGAGUGGCUGGGUUGGCCCAAAUGGAGGCAUCACCAACUUUGAUAACUUUGCCUUUGCUAUGCUCACUGUAUUUCAGUGCAUCACUAUGGAGGGCUGGACAGACGUGCUCUACUGGAUGAAUGAUGCUAUGGGAUUUGAAUUGCCCUGGGUGUAUUUUGUCAGUCUCGUCAUCUUUGGGUCAUUUUUCGUACUAAAUCUUGUACUUGGUGUAUUGAGCGGAGAAUUCUCAAAGGAAAGGGAGAAGGCAAAAGCCCGGGGAGAUUUCCAGAAGCUCCGGGAGAAGCAGCAGCUCGAAGAGGAUCUAAAGGGCUACUUGGAUUGGAUUACCCAAGCAGAAGAUAUUGAUCCUGAGAACGAGGAGGAAGGAGGAGAGGAAAGCAAACGAAAUACCAGCAUGCCGACCAGCGAGACGGAGUCCGUGAACACAGAGAACGUAAGUGGUGAAGGCGAGAACCAAGGCUGCUGUGGAAGUCUCUGGUGCUGGUGGAAAAGAAGAGGCGCGGCCGAGGCUGGGCCCUCUGGGUGUCGGCGGUGGGGUCAAGCCAUCUCAAAAUCUAAGCUCAGCCGGCGCUGGCGUCGCUGGAACCGAUUCAGUCGCAGAAGAUGUAGGGCUGCCGUGAAGUCUGUCACGUUCUACUGGCUGGUUAUUGUCCUGGUGUUUCUCAACACCCUAACCAUUUCCUCUGAGCACUACAACCAGCCCGACUGGUUGACGCAGAUUCAAGAUAUCGCGAACAAAGUCCUCCUGGCUCUGUUCACCUGCGAGAUGCUGGUCAAGAUGUACAGCUUGGGCCUCCAGGCAUACUUCGUCUCUCUUUUUAAUCGGUUUGAUUGCUUCGUGGUGUGUGGCGGAAUUACGGAAACGAUCUUGGUGGAACUGGAGAUCAUGUCUCCCCUGGGGAUCUCUGUGUUUCGCUGUGUGCGCCUCUUACGCAUUUUCAAAGUGACCAGGCACUGGACAUCCCUGAGCAAUUUGGUGGCAUCCUUGUUAAACUCCAUGAAGUCCAUCGCUUCACUGUUGCUUCUGCUUUUCCUCUUCAUCAUCAUCUUCUCCUUGCUCGGGAUGCAGCUGUUUGGUGGCAAGUUUAAUUUCGACGAGACGCAGACCAAGCGGAGCACCUUUGACAAUUUCCCUCAAGCCCUUCUAACAGUGUUCCAGAUUCUGACAGGCGAAGAUUGGAAUGCUGUGAUGUAUGAUGGCAUUAUGGCGUACGGGGGCCCAUCAUCUUCAGGAAUGAUCGUCUGCAUCUACUUCAUUAUCCUCUUCAUUUGUGGGAACUAUAUCCUACUGAAUGUCUUCUUGGCCAUUGCUGUAGACAAUUUGGCUGAUGCUGAAAGUCUGAAUACUGCUCAGAAAGAGGAAGCUGAAGAAAAGGAAAGGAAGAAGAUUGCCAGAAAAGAAAGCCUGGAAAAUAAAAAGAACAACAAGCCGGAAGUCAAUCAGAUAGCCAACAGUGACAACAAGGUUACAAUUGAUGACUACCGAGAAGAGGAUGAGGACAAGGACCCCUACCCACCUUGCGAUGUGCCAGUAGAUGAAGAGGAAGAGGAAGAGGAGGAGGAGGAUGAGCCUGAGGUUCCCGCUGGCCCCCGUCCUCGCAGAAUCUCGGAGUUGAACAUGAAAGAGAAAAUCGUGCCCAUUCCUGAAGGAAGUGCUUUCUUCAUUCUUAGCAAGACCAACCCGAUCCGUGUGGGCUGCCACAAGCUCAUCAACCACCACAUCUUCACCAACCUCAUCCUCGUCUUCAUCAUGCUGAGCAGCGCGUCCCUCGCCGCUGAGGACCCCAUCCGCAGCCACUCCUUCCGGAACAUUAUACUGGGUUACUUUGACUAUGUUUUCACAGCCAUCUUUACUAUUGAGAUCGUGUUAAAGAUGACGACUUUUGGAGCUUUCCUCCACAAAGGAGCCUUCUGCAGGAACUACUUCAAUCUGCUGGACAUGCUGGUGGUUGGGGUCUCUCUGGUGUCAUUUGGGAUCCAAUCCAGUGCCAUCUCCGUUGUGAAGAUACUCAGGGUCUUAAGGGUUCUGAGGCCACUCAGGGCAAUCAACAGAGCAAAAGGACUUAAGCAUGUCGUCCAGUGCGUCUUUGUGGCUAUCCGGACAAUCGGCAACAUCAUGAUCGUCACCACCCUUCUCCAGUUCAUGUUUGCCUGCAUUGGGGUCCAGUUGUUCAAGGUACAGGGACAUGCCUUGGAGCACGAGGUCCGGAUGAUCUCCUCGGAGGCAACCUUGCCUUUGACUGUCUGUCUGUUUUGUACUCAGGGAAAGUUCUAUCGCUGCACAGAUGAAGCCAAAAGUAACCCUGAGGAAUGCAGGGGGCUUUUCAUUCUCUACAAGGAUGAGGAUGUUGAUAACCCUGUGGUCCGUGAGAGGAUCUGGCAAAAUAGUGAUUUCAAUUUUGACAAUGUCCUUUCUGCUAUGAUGGCACUUUUCACAGUCUCCACGUUUGAGGGUUGGCCUGAGUUGCUGUACAAAGCCAUUGACUCGAACGGAGAGAAUGUCGGCCCAAUCUACAACUACCGCGUAGAGAUCUCCAUCUUCUUCAUCAUCUACAUCAUCAUCGUUGCUUUCUUCAUGAUGAACAUCUUCGUGGGUUUCGUCAUUGUCACAUUCCAGGAGCAGGGAGAAAAAGAGUAUAAGAACUGUGAGCUGGACAAGAAUCAGCGUCAGUGUGUUGAAUAUGCCUUGAAAGCACGUCCCCUGCGGAGAUACAUCCCCAAAAACCCCUACCAGUACAAGUUCUGGUACGUGGUGAACUCCUCGCCUUUCGAAUACGUGAUGUUUGUCCUCAUCAUGCUCAACACACUCUGCUUGGCCAUGCAGCACUACGAGCAGUCCAAGAUGUUUAAUGACGCCAUGGACAUUCUCAACAUGGUCUUCACUGGGGUGUUCACUGUUGAGAUGGUUUUGAAAGUCAUUGCAUUUAAACCUAAGGGGUAUUUUAGUGACGCCUGGAAUACGUUUGACUCCCUCAUCGUAAUCGGCAGCAUUAUAGACGUGGCCCUCAGCGAAGCCGACAACUCUGAAGAGAGCAAUAGAAUCUCCAUCACCUUUUUCCGUCUUUUCCGAGUGAUGCGAUUGGUGAAGCUUCUCAGCAGGGGGGAAGGCAUCCGGACACUGCUGUGGACUUUUAUUAAGUCCUUUCAGGCGCUCCCAUAUGUUGCCCUCCUCAUAGCCAUGUUGUUCUUCAUCUACGCAGUCAUCGGCAUGCAGAUGUUUGGGAAAGUUGCCAUGAGAGAUAACAACCAGAUCAACAGGAACAACAAUUUCCAGACCUUUCCCCAGGCGGUGCUGCUGCUCUUCAGGUGUGCAACAGGUGAGGCCUGGCAGGAGAUCAUGCUGGCCUGCCUCCCGGGGAAGCUCUGUGACCCCGAGUCGGAUUAUAACCCCGGGGAGGAGUACUCCUGUGGGAGCAACUUUGCCAUCGUGUAUUUCAUCAGUUUUUACAUGCUCUGUGCGUUUCUGAUCAUCAACCUGUUUGUGGCUGUCAUCAUGGAUAACUUUGAUUACCUGACCCGAGACUGGUCUAUUCUGGGACCUCACCACUUAGACGAGUUCAAAAGAAUAUGGUCAGAAUAUGACCCUGAGGCAAAGGGAAGGAUCAAGCACCUGGACGUGGUCACCCUGCUCCGCCGCAUCCAACCUCCCCUGGGGUUUGGGAAAUUAUGCCCACACAGAGUAGCCUGUAAGAGACUAGUUGCCAUGAACAUGCCUCUCAACAGUGAUGGGACAGUCAUGUUUAAUGCAACCCUGUUUGCUUUGGUUCGAACAGCUCUUAAAAUCAAGACUGAAGGGAACCUGGAACAAGCUAACGAAGAACUCCGAGCUGUGAUAAAGAAAAUCUGGAAGAAAACCAGCAUGAAACUACUUGACCAGGUCGUCCCUCCAGCUGGUGAUGAUGAGGUAACCGUGGGGAAGUUCUAUGCCACUUUCCUGAUACAGGACUACUUUAGGAAAUUCAAGAAACGGAAAGAACAAGGACUGGUGGGAAAAUACCCUGCGAAGAACACCACAAUUGCCCUACAGGCGGGGUUAAGGACACUGCAUGACAUCGGGCCAGAGAUCCGGCGUGCUAUAUCCUGUGAUCUGCAAGAUGAUGAGCCCGAGGAAACAAAAGGAGAAGAAGAAGAUGUAUUCAAAAGAAAUGGUGCCCUGCUUGGAAACCAUGUCAAUCAUGUUAAUAGUGAUAGGAGAGAUUCCCUUCAGCAGACCAAUACCACCCACCGUCCCCUGCAUGUCCAAAGGCCUUCAAUUCCACCUGCAAGUGAUACUGAGAAACCGCUGUUUCCUCCAGCAGGAAAUUCGGUGUGUCAUAACCAUCAUAACCAUAAUUCCAUAGGAAAGCAAGUUCCCAGCUCAACAAAUGCCAAUCUCAAUAAUGCCAAUAUGUCCAAAGCUGCCCCUGGAAAGCAGCCCAGCACUGGGAACCUUGAGCAUGUGUCUGAAAAUGAGCAUGAUUCCUCCCACAAGCUUGACCAUGAGCCUCAAAGAAGGUCCAGUAUUAAAAGGUCAGACUCAGGAGACGAGCAAUUCCCAACUAUUUGCCGGGAAGACCCCGAGAUACAAGGCUACUUCAGGGAACCCCACUGCUUGGGGGAGCCGGAGUACUUCAGUGGUGAGGAGGACUACGAGGAGGACAGCUCGCCGACCUCCAGCAGGCAAAACUACAGAUACUACAACCGAUACCCAGGCAGCAACUUGGACUUCGAGCGGCCCCGAGGCUACCAUCACCCCCAAGGCUUCUUGGAGGACGAUGACUCACCCAUUUGCUAUGAUUCCCGGAGAUCUCCAAGGAGACGCCUACUACCUCCCACCCCAACAUCCCACCGAAGAUCCUCCUUCAACUUUGAGUGCCUGCGCCGGCAGAGCAGCCAGGAGGAGGUCCCAAUGUCCCCUGCCUUCUCUCACCGCACCGCCCUGCCUCUGCACCUGAUGCAGCAACAGGUCAUGGCAGUUGCAGGCCUCGAUUCAAGUAAAGCCCAGAAAUACUCGCCGAGCCACUCAACCCGGUCAUGGGCCACCCCCCCAGCGACCCCUCCGUACCAGGACUGGACACCGUGCUAUACCCCCCUGAUCCAGGUGGAGCAGUCAGAGGCCCUGGACCAGGUCAACGGCAGCCUGCCGUCCCUGCACCGCAGCUCGUGGUACACAGACGAGCCCAGCAUCUCCUAUCGGACUUUCACACCAGCCAGCCUGACCGUCCCCAGCAGCUUCCACAACAAAAACAGCGACAAGCAGAGGAGUGCAGACAGCUUGGUGGAGGCAGUCCUGAUAUCCGAAGGCUUAGGACGGUAUGCAAGGGACCCCAAAUUCGUGUCAGCAACAAAACACGAAAUUGCCGAUGCCUGUGACCUAACCAUUGACGAGAUGGAGAGUGCAGCCAGCAACCUGCUUAAUGGGACCAUGCAUCCCCGGGCUAACGGGGACCUGGGCCCCAUCUCAAGCCGGCAGGACUAUGAGCUCCAGGACUUCGGGCCAGGCUACAGUGACGAAGAGCCAGACCCUGGGAGAGAGGAGGAGGACCUGGCGGAUGAAAUGAUUUGCAUCACCACCCUGUAGCCUCCAGGGAGGGGCAGACUGGCUCUGCCCUCUGGUGGGGCGCUAGAGGGCCAGGGAAAAAGUGCCUCGUAGUUAGGAAAGUUUAGGCACUAGUGUGAAUCCAUAUUCAAUUAGACUUUUGUACAAGUGAUGUGAUGCCUCAAGGAAGCCAUAAACCUGGUAGGGCACAGCUGUGUGUGUGUGCAGAGCCUCGGCUGUGGGAAGCAGCAGGUCCGGCCUGCUCAUGGAGGACAGGUGCUGGAUGAGCCCUGCCCUCUCAUUCAGAGCCCAUCCAGGGCACUCAGCCGUGGCCCCUGCCCCCAGGCACGGUGGGGAAGGUUAAAGGUGAUGGCGAUCACCAUACCUGUGUCAUUACCUCAGCCAUCGGUCUAGCAUAUCAGACAUUCACUGGGCCCAGCAUAUCCAUUUUUAAACCCUUCCCCUUGGAAUACACUGCUUCCUGAUCCCCGUUCCGAAGUACAUCAGGACCUGCCUACCAGCCAUCACCCUGAGAGGGAUGUGGGACCUAGUAAGCAAGGUUCUCUGUUAUGUGACACCAGUUUACAUGAGAGCAUCACUCAGAUGGUCGCUUUCUGACUGUCAGGCUAAGAGCAACUGUAAACUGGAAUAAUAAUUCACUCACAACCAGGUCAACUUAGAUACGCUAGUUUGUUUAAAAAUUAUAGAUUUACUGUACAUGACUUGUAAUAUAUUAUAAUUUGUAUUUGUAAAGAGAUGGUCUAUAUUUUGUAAUUAUUGUACCGUAUUUGAACUGCAGCAAUAUCCAUGGGUCCUAAUAAUUGUAGUUCCCCACUGAAAUCUAGGAAUUAUUGGUAUUUUUACUCAGACUAAACAGAAGUAGAAAAAAUAGAACCAAUUCUCAUUUAUUCAGUGAAAAUCUUUUGGGGUUAAAAUUUUAAGUUCAAAAGAACUUGACACUGCAGAGAUUUUUCUAAAAUAUUUUGAGUCGCUAUGAGUGUAUCUUUACACAAGAUGCACCAGGACAACUACCUGCAGUUUCCCUUGGGCAAGAGCGCUGUGAUUCGGUAGUGUACCUUCUGCUCCACCAUGGGUUGCAGCUGUCUUGUUUUACCUUAACCCACUCCCCCACAAGGUCAUGACAGGCUGGGUCAAGCUGCUUACUCUGACCCUGUGGCAUUCACAGUGGUGGGUGUUCGCACCUGCCCCCACAGGACAUUUUUGCAGGUGAAUGAAGUCCCUCUGCUCAUGUCCCCUGGGAAUGACAUAAGGAAUGCUGGGGAAGCGGGGGUGGAGGGGGCAGAGGGACAUGACCAUCUACAAAAGUAGAAGGUCGGCGUCUGGACAAAUUGUAUUGUUGCCUUUUUACAAAACACUGCUGUACUGUGUGUUCUGAGGGCUUUUAUAUGCAACUGAAUGAGGGCUGAAGUUUCCACUAGAAUGCACUCCCACUCUGAUCGUCCUUCCUGCGGAAAACCCACUUUUGGAUCGUUAGACCCGUCAAGGCUUCCUUUUCUGUUCACAGAAUUAUGCCGACUUUGUCCAGAUACCUUGGCAGGGACUCUCUGCAGUCAAAAACAGGUAGCAAUUUUUGGUUCAAAAUUUUUAAAUAUUACAUAGACAACCUGUUCAUGGUUUUUUUGUAAAUAACAAUACUUUGUUAUGAAGACCUUACAAACCUCUUCUUAAGAUAUUCUUACUCCAGGUCCAGGCAAAAACUCUUCAAGGUUUGUAAAUGACUAUUUCCUGACGUAAGUUCUUUUCUAUUAAAAUGUAAAAUGUUCUUCAGAAUAAAGCUGUGUAAUAAUUUUAUUGUAUUUGGGCGCUCUCCUUGCAAAGUGUUGGCAUUUGCCAGUGAGAGCCUUGGAAGGGGCAGGCACUCUGUGAGGGUAGUUCUGUAAUUGUGUAGAUUUUUUCUUAUUCUCGUGGCUCCUUCAAUGCCUAUGGCAACUUAAUACCAGCUGCAGAGAGCACUGUUUCUCCUAAAGGGCUAAACCACUGUUACCAUCACCUCGGACUCUGUUUCUCUUUUAGGUAUUGGUCUUACUGUGUGGUUUAACAUCACCUACCCAACAUGACUACCAGGACUGACUUUUCUGGGAUAGGCAAUGAUGCUGUUCUCCAGUCAGUACUUAAAAACUGGCAUUUUUAUAGGCUGCACCACUCCUAAUAUCUGUCUGCUUUAAGCCUGGUUCAACCUAUCAUCUAACAUUAAAUUUUUCUUUGUAAGAAAAAUGUGAAGUUGUAGAGCAUGGUUUCUUUCUUGGUUUUAGGAAAGUGUGAUGUUUAAAUGUCUUUCCUUUUGGUUCCCCUUCCACUCCCUAAAAAAUGUCAUUUUGUGGUGCCUCCAGGAACAGUACAUUUAGUUUCUUUGUUUUUCAUAUCACAAAAUGGAAAUGGCAGCUGAUUUAACUCUCAAUGAACAAGAUUCCCUCAUUAAUAACUGUCUCUGUGGUUUCCAUCCAGACUUGGCCCGGCGGCGCUUCCCAGCUCCAUUCCGAGGUGUCUCGGAAUCUGUCCAAGGCCAGGAAGGGUGGGCUGCCAGGGCCCCGGGAGCACCUCAGUGCACAGUGGAUCUAGCCUAUUGGACGAGCCCUCUUUACUGCUGACCCCACGCAUGUGAAAGAAAACAGGGCAGUUUAUUUCAUGGGUUUUUUUCCCCACAGGUUAUACCAUGGUCGAAAGUGCCUUUUCCAAUUGUCUGUUUUUCUACAAAGGUUUUUAUUUUUAUAUGGGCAAUCAAUUUGUUCUAAAAAUGGUUAGCAAUAGAGGUAUCAUCACGCAACAGCUCUGGUCCGGUAUCAGACUGCCCCAACUCAACAGUCUCCACUUUCACUUGUGGAAAAUUUUUUUCUCUAAAAUGAUAUUCCUUGUCUAUUGGAAACAUUAAAGGACAGGUGAGAAUGAGGAGCAGGCUGGGGCCCUUGCUUCCAACACAGGAACAAGUUGAGCAUGGUCUUGAGGACGAUGACAGGGGACAAUGUGAGAAAACUGCCUGGGUCUCAACACAGGGCCAGUGGAGAGGUUUUUUUUUUUUCAUGAUUUUUGAGAGAAACGAUCUAGGUAUCAGAUCUGAAAAGUGGAAUCAGUGGAAAUAUGAAAUGACCUUUGAGUGGAAGAAUGUGGUUUGGCUGGAAAGAAGAG